AUGAAGUGUCGUCAGAGUUCCUCGCCGAAGAACUCAAUCCAACGGUUUUCUUCGUGUUGCAACCUUCAUUUUCAAGGAUCGGGCAUUGGGAAGGCAGUAUCACUUUAUUCAUUCAACCUUAGGAAGGGAAUUAUAGUAAUGCAUACUUCUAGCAAGCUUAAGAGGGAAUUCAUCAAGAAAUGGUUUAAGGGUCUUCAGAUAUGUUGUUCUUCAAAGAAAAUGGAUGUUUUGGAGAGAAAGAAGAAGAUAAAGUUUUGUGCAGAUAUUGCUAUGGCUUCUGCCAAAAAUGCCACAACUUAUUGGAGCAAUGCAGUAAUUUCUGAUGCUAUGAAAUACGAAGAAAACUCUAUUCUCGUGGAUAAUUUAUUAAGCCACAAGUCAAGGUUCAUGCCACAAAAGACUGCAGUUUGCAAAAUGAUCGCUCUCCAUAAGAGGUUUCGAAGCAAGAAGAUCUUGAAAAAGUGUUGUAGUGUUGCCCAAAGAGCAAAAAAGACGUUUCCUCCUACAUCCAAUUUAGCUACUUAUAUUGCAAAAAGAUUGGUAAAAAAGAGAACCCAAGUUCUUAAAAGUCUUGUACCUGGUGGACAAGCCAUGGAUGAAUUCUCCCUCAUCAAAGAAGCAUUAGACUACAUCCUUUCCCUUAGGGUACAAGUUGAUGUCAUGAGAAAUCUCGUGAAUGCAACCGAGGUUUUGAAUGAAAAAGUAAUUCACCCAUAGUCGAUUAAUACAUAGCUUUAUUCUUCUUGUGUAUCUCAAAAACAACGGGAUCGAGAAACUUAACUAAUUAAGGCUCGAUUUCUCGAACCAAAAUCAUGUACAGGAUCAAAAACUGCGACUUUGGUUGAUGAUUUUUGAGAAAAUGUAGUUCUUUACUUUAAUUUAUCAUCUCCGGUUAAAGUUAAAAAAGUUACAUGUUAGUUCUAAAGGCUUGGCAGCGUG